AUGGCAAAUCACGUAGCCAGCAAGGGCAUCUUUGUCAAUUUGUGGGCAAGAGAAGAGGAGGUUGUUCAAAUCAUCAACAGCAAGCAUGAGAACACCACCUUCCUAGCGGGGAUUCCGCUCAGCGAGAAGAUCGUGGCAACUGCAAGCGUUGCAGAGGCCGUCUCAGAGGCUGAGCUGCUUUUCCUCAUUAUCCCCACGCCUUUCAUCGCGAAGUGGCUGGAGGAAAAUCAGACCAUGCUGCCGUGGCAGGUCCCUCUGGUGUGCUUCAGCAAGGGUAUAGAGCAGCAGAGCCUUCGCACCCCAUACGAGAUCUUGGUUGACGAGUUGCCAGGAAAAUACCAUGCUAAGCUGGCGGUGGUGAGCGGCCCGUCUUUUGCAAAAGAAAUAGGGGUCGGCUUGCCGACGAGUGUGACAUGUGCUGCACAAGAUAUCGAAGUUGCCAAGCAGAUCCAGCUUGCACUUGCAACUCGAAACUUUCGUGUGUAUACAGCUUCCGAUGUGAUCGGCGCGGAAUUGUGCGGAGCACUCAAGAAUGUCCUGGCGAUUGCUUGCGGCGCCAGCGACGGUUUCGGCUUCGGAGCCAAUGCGAGGGCAGCCUUAAUCACUAGAGGCUUGGCUGAAAUGACUCGACUUGUGGUCAAAAAGGGCGGCAAAGCCUCCACGAUUACUGGUCUGGCAGGAGUCGGUGACUUGGUACUCACCUGUAGUAGCAGCCUCUCGCGAAAUUACUCCGUUGGGCAAGCCAUGGCUAUGGCAGCAAGGAGUCAGCCACAACAAAAAUCCAAAGAAGACUCUUCCAACAAUUUCAACCGAGAUCUCGCUGUCGCGGAGGGAGUGAAGACCAGCCUUGCAGUACACCUCUUGGCAGAAAGACUGGGCGUGGAAAUGCCCAUAUGUGAGUCUGUUUAUGAAGUCAUCCACAAGGGAAUUGACAUCAAGACGGCGUUGCGCAAGUUGCAAGACCGUCCGCUCAGAGCUGAGCACGAUGAGUACCAGGGUACGUGGGUUUGGAGUGCUCUUUGA